AUGUCUUUCUGGAUCUGCUGUAACUCCUGCUUCAUUUCUCCUGGAUCUGACCGUCAGCUCGCGGUCACAGACUGCGGUCAUGUCAUCUGUAAUGUUUGCUUUCAGAGAGGACAACAAGGAGUGUGUCUUAUUUGUCAAGUAAAGUGUCAGAUCUGCCCACUAUCUGAUAAAAGCAGAUCAGACGUUCAGGCACUUUUUGCAGAUAUCAACGUAGUUGCAGUCAAAUACUCUUCAGAGAUAAGCAAAGUCUCACAAUUCCAGACAAGACACCAGAAAAGAUUAAUGGCCCACAAUCAGCAGAAGAUGGAGAGAAUGAAGGAGGCUGGACAGAAAAUGCAGCAAGAGAUGCAGAAGAUGUCCAAAACAUUUGCAGAACAGAACGCCUACAUUUCUAAGUUAGAGAUGACUCUUCAACAACAAAGGUACUUUCAAAGGUGGACAGGGGUCAUCAUGGGCACUCUGACUGGUCUGCAGCUGCGCAGCCCCAUACGCAACUGGGUACCAAUCCUCACAGAGCAUCAAGUCAGAGCACUGUGGGUAGCCAUUCAGUGCCGUUCAGUGCCACUUUGGGAAUUCUCCAGUGGUCUACAGGACCCUGUGAUGAGUCCAUCCCACCAUGUGGCCUACCGCAGGGAAUCGGCAUGGGAAACGCCUGUAUUCAAACAGCCCUCGGCCUACAAAUACCCCUCCGUGUCCUGCCUGGGACACCCGCCAUGA